UGGUGUCUGAGUCUGCAGGUGACACUGCCUAGGUACGGAGCGCGGAGUGGCAGCGGGGACGCGCCGGGCUGCAGCCCUGGUAUGGAAACCGUCCGCCUCGCCAGCUGCUCGCGGCUCCUCUGGCAGCGCCUCCGCUGAGCUCGGAGGAUCGGGAGAGCACUUGUCCAGGGCUAUGCACCUGCGGGGCGCUCCGAGGGCGCCGCUAGGUCUGCAGGCAGCCGGGCAAGCCACGGGGCCGGAGGAACCGUCUUUGCCCAUGUGCAAGGCUCCGAUCUUGGAUGACAGAGAGGGCGGCCCAGCGCCAAAGCCUCACUUCAAAGAUGCUCUGGGUGACUGGGAUCCUUGCUGCUCAGCGGGAAGGCAGCAGGCAAGUGGUCUAACGGCGGCGGCGGCGGCGGCAACAGCAAAGCGGAGAGCAGGAGAAUUUGAAAAGAGACAUCCGCUCCCUCUCACACGCUGAGGGGGAGGCAUUCGCGUUUCCCCAAAUGAGAAAGAGCCACAAGAAAUCAUGAAGUAAAAACUUUGGAGAGCUGCCACUAGAGAUGUUGCACGAAAAUCUGGAACCUUUUAGGAGCCUCCUCCCAGUCGUUGGAGGUUUGGGGAGCAGCUGAUACGGCAAGGAGGGCUCUUGCAAGGAUUCAAGCUCCAGAGCCCUGGAAGAGCGACACGGACGGGGAGAGCGUGGCAAGAGAAUGAAGAAACCAACCGCCCCGGAGAAGCAUGAGGUGGCAGUGGGGCGCUCGGUUUAGAGGGCUUCGGCCGGCGGCCCCGUGGGCAGCGCUGCUGGCACUGGGCCUGCCCGGUUGGGUGCUGGCCGUCUCGGCCACGGUGGUCGCUGCGGUCCCAGAGCAGCAUGCCGCCGCGGCCGGCCAGCCGCCCCUGGACUGGCUGCUCACAGACCGCGGCCCCUUCCACCGCGCCCAAGAGUAUGCCGACUUCAUGGAGCGCUACCGGCAGGGAUUCACCACCAGGUACAGGAUCUACAGGGAGUUUGCCCGUUGGAAAGUGAACAAUCUGGCUCUAGAACGGAAGGACUUCUUCAGUCUGCCUUUGCCUCUUGCCCCAGAGUUUGUCCGGAACAUCCGCCUCCUGGGAAGGAGACCCAACCUGCAACAGGUUACGGAAAACCUGAUUAAAAAGUACGGCACUCAUUUCUUACUUUCCGCCACCCUUGGAGGAGAAGAGUCCCUGACCAUUUUUGUGGACAAGCGGAAACUGAGCAGAAAGACAGAGACGGCAGGAGGUGGGCCUGUGGUCGGGGGCGGCGGGAACAGCUCGGCCGUGUCCCUGGAGACCCUGCACCAGUUGGCAGCCUCUUACUUCAUUGACAGAGAGAGCACUCUGCGCCGGCUGCACCACAUCCAGAUAGCCACAGGGGCCAUCAAGGUCACGGAGACCAGAACCGGUCCUCUGGGCUGCAGCAACUAUGACAAUCUGGACUCGGUCAGCUCUGUCCUGGUGCAGAGCCCAGAGAACAAAGUGCAGUUACUGGGCCUGCAGGUGCUGCUGCCCGAGUACCUGCGUGAGCGUUUUGUCGCUGCGGCACUGAGCUAUAUCACGUGCAGCUCCGAGGGGGAGCUGGUCUGCAAGGAGAGUGACUGCUGGUGCAAGUGCAGCCCCACUUUCCCAGAAUGCAACUGUCCCGACGCCGAUAUCCAGGCCAUGGAGGACAGCUUGCUGCAGAUCCAGGAUGCCUGGGCCACUCACAACCGGCAGUUUGAGGAGUCAGAAGAGUUCCAGGCCCUGCUGAAAAGGCUGCCGGAUGAUCGGUUCCUGAACUCCACAGCCAUCUCCCAGUUCUGGGCCAUGGACUCCAGCCUCCAGCACCGCUACCAGCAGCUGGGAGGCAGCUUGAAAGUGCUGUUCAAGAAGACCCACCGGAUCGUCCGCCGCCUCUUCAACCUCUGCAAGCGCUGCCACCGGCAGCCUCGCUUCCGCCUCCCCAAGGAGAGGUCCUUGUCCUACUGGUGGAACCGAGUCCAGUCCCUCCUCUACUGUGGAGAAAGCACCCUCCCUGGCACCUUCCUGGAACAGAGCCACAGCUGCACCUGCCCCUAUGACCAAUCUUCCUGCCAGGGCCCCAUCCCCUGUGCCUUGGGUGAAGGGCCGGCCUGCGCCCACUGUGCUCCAGACAACAGCACACGCUGCGGGAGCUGCAACCCCGGCUACGUGCUGGCCCAGGGGCUGUGCCGGCCAGAGGUGGCCGAGUCCCUGGAGAACUUUCUCGGGCUGGAGACAGACCUGCAGGACCUGGAGCUGAAGUACCUGCUGCAGAAGCGGGACAGCCGCAUUGAGGUCCACUCCAUCUUCAUCAGCAACGACAUGCGUCUGGGCAGCUGGUUUGACCCUUCCUGGAGGAAGCGCAUGCUGCUCACUCUAAAGAGCAACAAGUACAAGCCUGGGCUGGUGCAUGUGAUGUUGGCCUUGUCCUUGCAGAUCUGCCUCACCAAGAACAGCACCCUGGAGCCUGUCAUGGCCAUCUAUGUCAACCCCUUUGGGGGCAGCCACUCUGAGAGCUGGUUCAUGCCCGUGAACGAGGGCAACUUCCCCGACUGGGAAAGGACUAACGUGGACGCAGCUGCCCAGUGCCAAAACUGGACUAUCACCUUGGGGAACAGGUGGAAGACCUUCUUUGAGACAGUCCAUGUUUACCUACGGAGCCGAAUCAAGUCCCUGGACGACAGCUCCAACGAGACAAUCUACUAUGAGCCGCUGGAGAUGACUGACCCCUCUAAGAACCUGGGCUACAUGAAAAUCAACACUUUGCAGGUCUUUGGCUACAGCCUGCCCUUUGACCCAGAUGCUAUCCGGGACUUGAUCCUCCAGUUGGACUACCCAUACACUCAAGGCUCCCAGGACUCUGCGCUCUUGCAGCUCAUUGAGCUUAGGGACCGGGUGAACCAGCUUUCCCCACCCGGCAAGGUCCGGCUUGACCUUUUCUCCUGCUUGCUCCGGCAUCGGCUCAAGCUGGCCAACAAUGAGGUGGGCAGGAUCCAGUCCUCCCUGAGGGCUUUCAAUUCUAAGCUGCCAAAUCCUGUGGAGUAUGAGACAGGCAAACUCUGUAGCUAAUGGGGCGUGGGCUCGUCCAGUGCCCGGCAGGGAGAGGAUCCCCAGAUCCAGGGUGUAGAGAGAAUCCAAGCCCCGCCUUAGUGCCAACAGGAGACUUUCAGCACCCAGGAGCUGGGACCUUGAAGCUUGGGUUAAGUAGGCAGGAGAGAAACAGCCUCUGCACCUGUGCACAGACGCACGCGCACACACACACACGCACACUCCCACACACUCACUGGAAGGCUGCAGCUCAGCGGCCUGGAAUCUGCAGCAGGUGCUUUCUCUAAUGAAUACAGUUGGAGGAGAGGAGCCAAAGAAGAGAUGGAAAAGAAGAACCAGCCAGACCAUGAAACCAACAAAAACCCUUCAAGUGAUUCUUGUCACUCGAGAGAGCCAGAGGGGACAAAAACGGGUGGGGUGGGCAUUCUUCCUCCCCUCUGCGGAGUCACUUUUGUAUUCUUUUUAACCACAUUUCUUAAAGUGUCGUUUCCGUGGCUGCCUACGGUGGUUCCUCGUUUUUGUACACCGCCUCCUCUGCUCCCUCGAGGCCUGUGCUCACUGAUCCUGGGGCUGCUUCCUUCAGAGGCACCGGAAGUGCAACCAGCAGAGGAACCCAGGCCCAGGGAGGCUGGGCCUCCUUGCUCAGCCUCUCCUCCCCCUCCCUCCAGGCCCUCCUCCCAGGCCAAGUCCCGGGCCGUGGCUUGUGCCGGGCUCCCCCAGUGGUCCAUCCAGAGCUCCUCUCCCCUCAUCACCUGUUCUGUCCAGGAAAGCAGCUCCAUCAAGAGAGAGACACUGUAUAGGGAAAUGUUCUUUUUUUAAAAAAACAACAACCAAAAAAACAUUUAUUUUGUGAUUGUUUUCCUUGUCCUUCUGCUCCAGCCACACGAACAUCUGAGUAAAAAAAUUACUUGGUUUAAUAGAUUUUUAAAAGGCCUUUUUUAGGGGGAGAUAGAAGAGAGAUAAGAAAGAGUGUAGUUCCUUGGGUGGCCUGGAUUUUUUAAAUUGUCGCGGGUGUGACGCGGGUGUCCACGGAGGAGGGCUGUUGCUGCGUGGGAGGCUGGCGGGUCAGUAGGCGCACAGUCAGGGUAGGCCGUUGACUAGGGCUGAGGGGUGUGUGGACGGACAGACAGAUCAAAUGAGGAGUGAGGCCACGGUCCCAGGGAGUUCUCUGACUGCACCCAUCCUCUCCUCUCCUGUCUCCCCCAAGUUCAAGGACUAACAUGGCUCUUACCACCAGGGAUUCCCCUAUCUGGACAGGAGUUUGAAAUUCCUUGCUCACAAAGGAACUGCGGCCUCGGUGCUGGGCCAAUGCCCGCUGAGGGGGCUCCUCCUUGUGGCUCCUGUGGUGGGUCCAGGGUCACCCUUGGAGGAAAUUAGGAACGAUGCAAAUGUGGCAUUGGUUUCCCAGCCUAAAAAGGAGCUCUGACACCACUGAGAUGGUGCACCUGCCCCCCGACCCCGAGAGCCUCCUGCCAGUGGGAAGGGGGCUUCUCAGCAUAUCGUUUGGAUAGGGAACCACUUCUCUGUCUGUGCGCCACACGUUCCAAGUAUAAUGUGUAGGCAUGACAACCCUGGCUUUAUUCAGAGGGAAGCCACCACAUAAAUACUAAGGAGUUCAUUCCCUAACUGUGGUGCAUCUUGGUUGGCAGAAAACAGGAGACAAUGAGAAGACAGUCCUGUCUUACCCACCCCAGAAUCCUCUGUGCUUAUGGUUGCAUACGGGAGAAUUUGAUAUUGCAUUCGAUCAUUGGGCCAUCUUUCAAGAAUCUGAACUCCUGGGUAGAUAAGCAGCCUGGGGUACUUCCACACAGCUCCCCUAAAGGCUUCCAGGGUAGAAAUCCAGAGCGAUAGGAUGAUGGGGGCGAGCACAGCUAUUGGCUGUUGCAGUUCAAGUCCCUGCUUACUUUGUGAGUUGAUACCUGUGGGAGAUGGAACCAGCAGGUGACAUCUUCAAUGGGAGUGUUGAGAUGUACCAGAGGAGGGGUUUGGUGGGGGAAGGGGGUUGCCCUAGGGCAGACACAAUAGUCUGAUUUUAGGACUCCCAAUGAUCACGCCCAGUGCUGUAGGAGUAGGUGGGCAGAAACUGUCACUCAUGAAUUAAAGGUAGACUCUUCAUGAGGCAAAUAGUCAACUGCCACACACAGCGAUAUUCAGAGUGGGAAGAUGGCAAAGGAGGACAUACUGCGCAGAGUUAGCAGAGUGGACCCUCGGGGUGCGAUCACAAGUGCCUCAUGGGAACUGAGUCGACACAGGGGGACUUGCAUCCAACAGGGCCAGAUCCAUAGCUGUGCUGAAGGCUGGGAAACCUUGGCCACCUGUCUCUGAAUCAGAGACCAGACGGGGGUGGAGAAGGCACACUACACAGCUUCUAGUAAGGAUGCCACUUUUACUUAUUUAGAGAUAAGAGAUCUUAUCUUGAGAGGCCUUGGGGAAGGUGGUGGUGGGGUGUGUGAUGGUUUUAGGAAUGUAUACAUCCAGUUACAGAAACUUCCACUUCUGUCUGCUGCUUGAAGGUUUAAACUCUGAAGCUAAGUAUACCAGCUCCAUCUAAAAGUACUACUAUGUUGGUAAAUGGUUAGGAGUGCCCUUUUGAUCUCAGGUGCAAGUAACAUUGAUAGAGAGCCUAAGCAAACAUUCAAUUAUAGGAGUAGAGAAAUUUUUUUUUUUAUAUUUUACCUACUCAUCUGUUCUCAGCAAUGGAUAUUGGACUCAUCUGUUCUGGAACAGUAAUGGAGUGCCUGGGGUGGAAGAGCUUGGGGUAUAGCAGCACCAAAGACUUUGCUUCCAGAAGACAGGCCUGAGGGUGUAAAGGAGGGGCAGGAUCCCUUAAAGGGUUGUCUAGACUUGAAGCCACUAGUUCAGCUGUUUCUAGAACUAGGCUGAGAGAGAUUCUAUGAAGAAAAGGCUGCCCACAGUUGAAAUUUUCAUCUGUAAAGUCUAUAAUAAUCAAAAGAUGUGAGCCACCUAUUUUUAGUCACCGUUGCAAAUAAAGAAUUGUCAUUAAUUAGUA